AUGCAUGCAAUAACAUUAAAAAGCUUUGAAAUAAAUUCGGAUUUAAUUAAACAUGCUGCGGAUUCACCUGCCAACUUAGGAAGUGAAUGUCGUAUUAUAAAAAGGAUGUUCUUUAAUUCCCCUGUGGCUGAAAAAGAAAUUGGCAAAUUCAAAAAGAAUGAUCAAAGACUUCAUGAUUUGGAAAAGGAAGCCAAAUACCUUCAUAGAAUUUGUAAUUGUAGAUUUGUUCUUACUUUUUAUGGAUUCAUAAUUCAAAACUCAAAUUAUAGUGUUAUUUCGAAAUGGGGUAAUCAUAACCUACAUGAUUAUUUAAAGAAUCCGAGCUUGGAAUGGAGAUUGAAACUAUCGAUCGCACGUGGGAUUGCUAACGCCUUGAACUUUAUUCAUAAAGAAGAGAUCUUACACUAUGACAUCAAAAGCGAUAACAUCUACCUGACCUCUUGCUUGCAAGUUAAGCUUCAUGGUUUUCGCUUAGCGGAAAGUGCAUCUAUUUCACCGGUUAUGUUAUCUUCAGCUAGUGAAGAUACUGAUCCUAGAUGGACUUCUCCCGAAAAAAUUCGAAAUAAAGUGUAUACUAAAGACAGCGAAAUUUAUAGCUUUUCCAUGGUUCUUUGGGAAAUCAUUAAUCAUGAUAUUCCAUUCAACGGCGGCAUGUUUCCUGAAGUGAUAAAAAAUAAGGUUCUCGGUGGGGAACAUCCGCAACCAGAGAGAUCCAAUGGUACACCCGUAGAAUAUCAGGAAAUAAUGGAAAAAGGUUGGGAUAUUAAUCCUAAUAACCGUCCAACCGCUCAACAAAUGCUUGAUUUAUUAAGUGAUAUGGAAUCAAAAGAAUGGCUUGGACAUAGACUGCCUAGAAUUGGAGAUGUUGAUCUUUCACAGCCCGAUUUUCAAACUGCAACAUUUUCACCAAAGCACUCCAAAUUACUUGAAUUUCCAAUUUCAAGAUUAACAGAUUUAUCGUCAACAACUGAAUCUUGUAAAGCGAUAUUAGAUUUAUUUGAAGAUGCAAAUCGUAAUAAAGAUCUUUUUAAUAAAGCUGUGGAUAUUAUUAAGGUUGGGAAGGUCAUGCUUAAUGAAAUAAAGCAAACUAUCGAUCAAUCAACGAAUCUUUAUUGGAAGGAUUACAUCGAAGAAUCUUCAGCUUUUCAAAAAUAUAGUAAUUAUUUAUUAAAUAUUGAGGACGCCAAAGCCUUUAUAGAAGUUGACGACGAGGAGGUUCGACAAGAAAUUUCAAUGUUAAAUAAUGAAUUAGAUAACAUAACAAAUGAAUUACAAAAAUUGGUUAAAAAAUGGAAAACAGACUUUAAUAAAUGUAGUGUGACUAAAAGAAAAUUUAAAACGGCCGCUAGAAUGUUAAUUUUAUAUAAAUCAAUUUCGCCAUCAUCUAAAAUGGACUGUGAAAUUCCAUCAUAUUUAGUUGAUACAGAGAAUUCAUCGGUUGCUCCUGGAAGUAACAAGAUCAAAAAAGGACUUUAUAUGUACAGUACGUCGGUAGCUGAAAAAUUAAUUGGAAAAUUUGAAAAGAAUGAUCCAAGACUUUUAAAAAUGCAAGAAGAAAUUGAUUACCUGAAAAAACUUAGUGAAUGUGAAAAUAUACUCAAGGUUCAUGGACUCGUUCAUCGAAAUUCAAAUUGGAGCGUUAUUAUGAAAUGGGGUGAAUAUAAAUUACAACCUUAUCUUGAAUCGAAUCCGAUUAUGGAAUGGACAAAGAAAUUAUCGAUCGCACGCGGAAUUGCCGACGCUUUGGAUUUUAUUCACACAAAGGACAUCUUACAUUAUGAUAUUACAAGUGAUAAUAUUUACUUGGAUAAUUUUUUACAACCUAAACUUUGUGGUUUUCGUAUCGUAAUAGAUUCACCAAUCAUAAUGAAUUCGACUAAUGAUAAAACGCAUUCAAGAUGGACUCCACCUGAGAAAUUUCGAGAGAAAGAAUACAUUAAAGCCAGUGAAAUAUAUAGCUUUUCUUUAAUCCUCUGGGAAAUCAUUAUUCAUAAAUUACCGUUUCACAACGUUGAUCCUAAAGAUAUUAGAAUCAAGGUUCUCAAUGGAGAACAUCCACAACCUGAAACAGCUAAUAACGUACCAGUCGAAUAUCAGGAAAUAAUGAAGAAAGGAUGGGAUUUGGAUCCAAAUAGUCGACCAACCAUUAAAGAAGUAAUUAACGUAUUGAAAAAAUUGGAUACUGUGUUACAUAAUGGCAAGGUCGGAGAUUAUGGCGAUAGUUUUCUUUCGCCAAAUACUGCGUUUAAAGAUGAUGCUUCAUUUGAAGAUAGUGCUUCCUCAAUUCAUUCAGAUUAUAAUACCGUCGAUUUAAAUGUUACAGCACACGUUACGAAAAAGUCUAAAUCUUUAGACAAGUUUGAUCCAUUCCGCAAACAUUUAGAUAUUGAAGAAGCGAUGAAAUUACAUAAUAAAAGACAAUACAAGAAAGCAUGGAAAUUAUUUAAAGCGAUUGAAGUAAACACUGGGACAUCUGACGCAAAAUUUUGUGUAGGUUACUAUUACCUCAAAGGUCAUCAUAAGGGCCGCGGUGGAAAACCAGAUCCAGAUUCAAGUUUAAAAUAUUUAUAUCAGGCAGCGAAAGAUGGUCAGCGUAACGCACAAUAUUGGUACGCUGAAGUAAUUUUAAAUUCAAAUUAUAAAUUAAAAGCCAAAAAAGAUGACAGAAACCAUCAACUUGCGAUCGAGUUUUUAGAGAAGGCGGCUAAUCAAGGUUGUAUUUCCGCUAUGAGAGACUUGGGAGAAAUUAAGAAGAAAGGAAAAUAUGGUAGCUCACUUGAUAAGAAUGUUGGAAAAGAUUUGAUUAGUAAUGCUCAUACUCUAAGUUUACUUUGUUCCCUAGAUGGUUUAAGUUAG